GUUGGUGUUUUGAAUCGUGGAUGAUCGCUCUGUGUAAUAAACUGGAAAGCUUUCUGUACCCCGUGCUGUGGGUAUCGGUGAGCGUAAAGCGAGACUGACGAUGAAGCUUCAGUGUGAGGUGGAAGUUAUCAAUCGGAUGCUGCCGACCUUUGGAAUGAGAAAUCGAGGCAAGGCAGCGAGAGCAGUGCUGUCCAUCGGGAGACAUCUGGACAACACGACCAAGAUACAGAACAUAUUUCUCAUGAUCUGCACCUUAAAGCACAAAGCGGGCUGCAAGUACAAGCUGAAGGAGAACAUAGAACAGUUUUUCACCAGAUUCGUGGAAGAGGGAAAGGCCACAAUAAGACUGAAGGAACCAGCAGUAGACGUCUGUCUCAGUAAGGCGGAUGCCAACAACUUGAAGAACUUCCUCUCCGCUGCCAGGCUGGCUCACAGAGGGAGUGAAGUCGACGCGUUAGCCUUGACUACUCUGGCUCCCGCCCGGACCCGCGAUGUGGAGAAACCCAAGAGCAAGAUGAGCAUCACCUCCAAGAAGGACUAUCCGCUCACGUCCUGCUUCCCCUACUCCCUGGAGCAGCUGCAGGUGUCCUACUGCAGGCUGUCUCGGGUGGACAUGCGCAUGCUGACCCUGAGGAAACUGAGGAAGCUGGACCUGAGCAACAACCACAUCAAGAAGCUGCCAGCCACCAUCGGGGACCUGUGCUGCCUCGCCGAGCUCGUUCUGCACAACAACCACCUGGAGACCUUCAGCACCGCCCUGUGCCAGUCCACUCUGCAGCACUCCCUGCAGUACCUGGACCUCGGCCAGAACAAACUCCGAGCCCUUCCCAUUCAGUUCUGCCAACUCCGGGAACUCGUGCAUCUGAAGCUGGACGACAAUGAGAUGCUCCGUCUCCCGGUCAAGAUCGGGCAGCUCAGUAAACUGCGCUUCCUCUCCGCAGCCCGCAACCAGCUGCCCUACCUGCCCACCGACUUCCGCAGGCUGUCGCUGGAGAACCUGGACCUUUUUGGGAACCCUUUCAAGCAACCCAAUCCCCUGGACCACACUAUUCAGUUAAAAUUCCCCUUGACUUUGCUGGAGAUGGCUUCACGGGCAGCAGUCAACUACAGAAUACCAUACAGCCCUCAGCUCAUUCCUGCGCACUUGUGCCAAGACCUGGAAGUUUCCAAAACCUGCGAUUGUGGAAACGCUUGUCUGAACUUCUACAUCCAGACCACCGUCAGCAUGAACCUGCACCACGUGUCCCACACCGUCGUCCUGGUGGACAACAUGGGAGGCACAGAGGCCCCCGUCCUCUGCUAUUUCUGCUCCCUGACUUGCUACUCUGAAUUCCUUGACAAAUGCUUGCAGCGCAGCAGGUGAUCGGAGGAGCAGAAUGCAUUGCUGAUGCCCUUCCAGACGAGAUGCAGCCACACGGGCCCAGGGCAGCAGGGAUUGACGUAACUGUGUGGUGACGACCAUGAGACAACCGGGGAAGGAAAUCUCAAUGUUGGCUUCUUGUGAAAGUAUUUUUUCUGGUUUGUAUUCUGUAGUGGAUAGACAUGAACCUAGGCUUGUGUUCUGUAGAUCUGCCUGCCAGGAAAUGGACGAUCUGCUAUUACAGUAUCCAUUUACAAGAGGGGGGGGGGGGGGGGGUCAUGCUGAGUAUCGUUGGUAGCUGAAACAAGGGUCUGGUGUAGGAUGUAAUGUAUUGACUGGUCGUUCGGUUGCUUUUUAAAAGUAUAUAUGUAUGUUGAAAAAAAUGUGUGCAUUUGUAACUCGGGCUGUUCCUGAUUCUAUUUGACUGCAGGACUGUUUGGGUUAAUAAUACUGGGAUGUAGUAAGUCUUAACCAAGCCAGCUUUACUUAUUGAAGAUCUGUGUUGUUUUAAAUUGAAUAUGCAGAUGGUGAGUCUGGCAGUGGUACAUAAAUUAGCAGCAAGCAACAUGACAGCACAGCACAGGCAGUGUAGCUAGGAGACACAGCAUUAUACAGUAUGUUUGCAUUAUUCAAAUGCAAGGAUAAUGCAGCAUUAGAAGAUCACUGAAAUUAUCUCAGUUAAUGUUCAAUCACUGUGCUUUUAACUUGGUGGGGUGUAUUGCAUGGUAUAGUAUCAUUUGAACUCUUUUGAUAGUAUUUUGAAUUGCAAAGGGACACAGUAUUAUUGGAUAUUGGGGUAUUUUUGGUUUUGUGAGUUGUUUUUGAGGCCCAGGGUAAUUGCAGCACAAACCAGGCAAGCAUUGUAAAUGAAGCUCUUGGAGUUCUGUAAUUUUGGAGCAGCAGAACAUUCCCAUUAAAUGCAGCUUGUUGGAAAGGGUGCUUAAUAAACUGAAGUACCACCAAAACCACCUAGGUGGUGCUCUUGCACUAGCACUGACCUCCUUACACUGGCCACAAGCUGUGUAAACCGGAGCCCUGUGGCUUACAGCAAUCCGCCUUGCACUGAAUCCACAAGCUGCUGUAUCAGGAAUCGCAUCAACAGUCCUCUUGUGAUACUGAUCACCUCCAGUGCUAUCAAAUCAGACCAUACUUCAUAUCAAAUCACCUACUGCAAUAUCAAGCAUUUAACUAUUUCAGCAAUGUAAAAAUGCAAGGCAUUUUUGAUAUCCAGCACCUCAUAUUUUGGCACUUGAUGUUAAAAGCACAUGUCAGUAUUGAUUGGAUCCAGCUUUAAAUCUCUUUAGCAGUAGGAAUCCAGCUUGCCGAGUCCGGCUCUGAACGCCCCUCAGUGUAAGGGGGUGUGUGUGCUUCGGGAACAGAGCCACAGUGAGGACAAGGGCUGCUGGCUUUCUUUUUUUAGUUUAGUCGGUUCUUUCAAUAAUAUCUUGUAGACUCACUGUUAUAUGGAUUGUACUGUUUGCUCAAGGUCUUGUAUUAAUGUUUCGGGUUUUCAAUGCACCUGAUCAUCUGCAUGACAGCUGAUGUACUGUGUGAGUCUUUGUAACCAAAUGCAUUUCACCUCCACUAGCCAGUCUUUUACUACAAAUUGAAUGUGUGCAACGUGUAGCCCUGGCAGUGAAUUCAAUUAUUUAAUAAAGAUAAUAAAAUAUA